AUGACUGCCCUGCAACUGAUGCCUGAAACAAUCUUCACAGACUUUGAAUCAUCCACCCAGAAUGCCCUAAGAACUGUGUUCCUAACUUCCGAAUUGAAGGGCUGUUAUUUCCACUUUGGACGGUGCAUUUGGCGAAAUGUGCAGAAGUUGGGUCUCCAAACUACAUAUUCAAGAGAUCGGAACGUUUAUCGUUUCGGGAGGCGAGCUGUUUCCCUUCCACUUGUUCCAGUCCAGCAUAUUGAAGAUGUGUGGCUGAGUGCCCUUGAAGACGCCCCUCUGGAGGAUGACCGAGUCCUGAAGUUUGCAGAUUACGUCACAGACUACUGGGUAGAAGGUAACCAGGGUCGCCAUAUGUGGAACCACCACAACACAGUUGGACCUAGAACGACAAAUCACAAGAUUGCGAAGGUAUUUGGUGCGCCUCAUCCAAAUAUCUUCAAGAUUGUAUCAUUUUUCAAAGCCGAACAAGCGUACGUCUAG